GGUCCCGUCGUCCCGAUACCGAAUCCUCCGAGACUCCCUCUUCUUCUCGUCUCCCUCCGUUCCGUUCGCGCGUCACCGAUCCCGCCAACGGGAACGAACGAGAACGAUCGCCGUCGUCGUUGUCGCCGGCUCACCACCGCCGCCGCCAUGGAUCCGACGCCGCAGUCACACCCGAUCCUCAACUACGUGCUCUCCCGCCUCCCCUCGCUGCCCGCGGUGAGGACGCCGCGGUCCGCGCCCGAGCGGGACCUCGAGCAGCCGUCCCCGCGCAGGCCGUUGGGCGCCGCGGAGAUCGACCUGGUGGGGCGCAUGCCGGGCCUGCGCCACCCGUCCGUGCUCUCCGCCAUGACCCGCGCCGUCGCCGACGUCGCCUCGGCGCGCGACGCGAUCGACCUCCUGGGGCCCCGGCCCGACCACGAGCAAGUCGACGCCGCCCGCGAGCUCCUCCUCCUCGCCGACGCCGGGGACAAGGCGGACGCCGACGAGGAGGAGAAGGCGAAGGAGCUCGACGAGGAGAAGGUGGCCGCGAGCCGGGAGGUGGUGCGGCUGGACAAGGAACACGAGGCGUACGAAGCCCUGCUGCGGGCCGCGGAGGAGAAGCUGGAGCACGUGUACCGGAUGGCGAUGCACGGGAGGGACAUCAAGGAGGCCGGCGGCGGUGAUGCCAAAUGGGAAGAGCGGUCCGGGGCGGUCGACGAGGAGGUGGUGCGGGUGCUCAAGGACGCGGAGGAAGGGAAGGUGGUGGAGAGGGUGAACCUCGCCGACCGGCAGCUGCACCUACUGCCGGAGCCCGUCGGCCGGAUCCGCGGCCUCCUCGCGCUCGACGUCUCCCGCAACCGGCUCAAGGAGGUUCCCGAUGCUAUUGGUGGGCUCGAACACCUGGAAGAACUCCGUCUCGCUUCCAACGACUUGGUUUCUCUCCCGGACUCCAUUGGCCUUCUCUCCAAUCUCAAGAUCCUCGAUGUCUCUGGCAACAGGCUGAGGGUUCUGCCUGACACCAUCUCGAAAUGCAGAUCGCUGAUGGAGCUGGACGCGAGCUACAACGCCCUGGCGUACCUCCCGACAGGCAUCGGGCACGAGCUGGUGCACCUGCAGACGCUGCGCGUGCACCUCAACAAGCUGCGCUCCCUGCCGUCGUCGGUCUGCGAGAUGCGAUCGCUGCGCCUCCUGGACGCGCACUUCAACGAGCUCCACGGCCUACCGGCCGCCAUCGGCCAGCUGUCCGCGCUGGAGACGCUGGACCUGAGCAGCAACUUCAGCGACAUGCGGGACCUGCCGCCGUCGUUCGGCGACCUAGCGGGCCUGCGCGAGCUGGACCUGAGCAACAACCAGAUCCGUGCGCUGCCGGACUGCUUCGGCCGGCUCGGCAAGCUGGAGAGACUCCGCCUGGACCAGAAUCCGCUCGCCGUGCCGCCCCCCGAGGUGGUCGCCGACGGCGUCGUCGCAGUGAACGAGUACAUGGCGAGGCGGUGGGCCGAGGCCGUCGCCGAGGAGGAGCAGCGGCGCGCGAGCGCGGCCGCCGUGGCGGAGAGCCCUAGGGUGUCCACGCCCAGGGAGUGGCUGACGCGGAGCGUAUCUUCGCUGAGCACCUGGGCGGUGAAGGUUGUCGGGCAGGACAAGGUGGACGAGGAGGACGAGUUCCUGCAGCAGCAGUUCUGAAGGUGAGCUGGCACCACCGCCGGCCGACCUGACCCAAACAAUCAGACCUCAUUCUCAUUUGAUUGUUUUUUCAAAUUUCAUUCCUUAUAUUUCUCUCGAAAUUGUAACUACUUUUAUCGGUUUAGGUGAUUGCUUUUCAAAUUUGAUUGCUUAUAUUUCUCUCUUGGAAUUGUAACUACUUUAUCGGUUUAAACGGGAUCUUGUGAAUUAUAGUACUGUUGUGCCACUUCUACGAAUUAUGAAUAUUUGUUC